ACAGCAGAUCGCAACCCCUGUCGAAACAAUGAUUUUCACGUUUCCUGUGGUUCUCGCGGUGGGGACGCUGCUUCUGGCAGCAUGGCUUCUCCGGAGCUAUCUGCGACUUCGACACAUCCCUGGGCCUUGGCUAUCCGCCUUGACCAACGUGCCUCGUUCAUACUGGGUCUGGACCAACCGAUCCCAUGAUAUCCAUAUUGAUUUGCACCGAAAAUAUGGUCGACUGGUCCGUUUUGGACCCAAUAUGAUCUCGGUGACAGAUCCCCAGGAGAUUCCUCACAUCUACAGUUUCGCAGGCACUUUUGGCAAGUCCGACUUCUACCGGGCUCUCGCCUUUUACGUGCGAGGAAAACCCGUCGAGACCAUUUUCGCCACGCAGAAUGAGCAGAUCCAUCACCUUCUGCGACGACCCAUCGCCGGGAUGUACUCGAUGAGCAACGUGGUCUCAUUCGAGCCGUAUGUGGACUCCACGAUCAAGUAUCUGUUCGAGCGACUCGACGAGGAGUUUGUCCACCCGGGCCGCAUCUGCAAUUUUGAGACGUGGCUUCAAUAUUUUGCGUUUGAUGUGAUCGGAGAAUUGACCUUCUCUAAACGCCUCGGGUUCUUACAACAUGGGGGCGAUGUGGAUGGCAUCAUCCACGCCAUCGAUCACUACUUCAACUCGGCAGCUAUCGUAUCCCAGAUUCCCUGGGUUGACUGGCUCUGGGCCAAGAAUCCCAUUGUCCAGCGCUUCCGCAAGCAUAGUGUGAAUCCGAUCGUGGCAUUCGCGCUGGCCCGGGCCGCAGAACGACAAAACGAAAAGAAAGAAGCCGACGGGAACGCCCGUACCGGAGACUUUCUUUCCCAGUUCCUCGGGGCGAUCGAGAAGGACCCGAGCAUACCGCCAUGGGCGCUCACGGCAUGGACUACAUCCAACGUGGGUGCAGGGAGCGACACGACGGCGAUCCUGCUUCGAACCAUCAUUUACCAGCUACUCAAGCACCCGGAGUGCCUGGCUCGGCUCCUCGGAGAACUCCAGGAAGCCCGUCAGCAGGGUCAGCUGUCUGACAUCGUAACCUGGCGAGAGGCCCGGGAGCUACGGUAUCUGGACGCGGUAAUCAAGGAGUCUGGUCGGCUACACCCUCCCUUCGGGUUGCCCUUUGAACGCGUGGUGCCUCCGGAGGGAGCGGUCAUCUGCGGACAGGCCAUUCCAGGCGGCUCGGUGGUGGGUAUUAGUGCUUGGGCUAUCCAUCGUGACCCGGAGACGUUUGGCGCCGACAGCGACGAAUGGAAGCCGGAACGAUGGCUUUGUGACGAGAAGACGCGACGGAAGAUGGACAAUGCUCUAAUGACAUUUGGGGCGGGCCGUCGCGUGUGUCUUGGCAAGCACAUAUCCUAUCUGGAGGUCUACAAGUUGAUUCCGACUUUAUUCCAGCGAUACGAGUUCUCCUUUGCUCAUCCUGACAGCGAUCGAUGGGAGGUCAAGAACCGAUGGUUUGUCCAUCAAACAGGGCUGGAUGUGAGAAUCAAGUACAGGGAAGAACAGGUUUGACGCGUAGAAGGCGGGAGGAGAUUGGAUCGGCCAAAGGAGGCGAUGGCAAUUGAUUUCUUGGUAUUUGGUAACGUUCUCUUAGAUUAGAAGAAUGCAGAAGGCACUCAUGUUGGCUUCGAA